UUGGCAUGCCUGACAGAGACCGAUGACAAGAUGAGGGCCUUCGCGGAGACGGUCUUUGCAUCUGAGACCAAAGGCGAGGACAUCCGCGAUGAAAUCUCCUUGUUUGAUGUGGCUGACGACUGUCCCAUCAUCCACGAAGAGAUGGCCCAUCAUCUGCAGGUUGAUGAUGAUGCUGAGAAACGCAAGAGGCGCUGCCGCACCACAGCCAAGGCGGCGGCUGGUUCUCAGGCUGCUGCCACUUCAGUGUCAGUGGAGGUGGACAUGCCGACUUACCUGGAGGUGCCAGAAUUCCAGAGAGUGGCCAUCAUUGGAGACUAUGCUGCUGGGGUGACCAUGGAUGACUUUGAGCUGUCCUGUAGGGGUCUGUAUCGUGCCAUGACCAUCAGGGAGAAGUACAUGAGGCUGGCCUAUCAGCGCUUUCCAAGAACGGCCUCCCAGUACCUGCGGGACAUCGAGGGAGAGAGCUUCAAACCUGAAGAUCAGGUGCAGCCUGUCUUCACAUCUCCUCCAAAGAAUGGGGAAGAUCCUUUUGACACUGCGGACCUGCCAAAGAAUCUGGGCUACGUUGCCCGCAUGAAAGAUGGUCUCAUCUAUGUGUACAACGAUGGUGCAGCUGCUGACAAACAUCAGCCCAAAGACCUGCCCUGCCCCGACUACAACACCUUCAUCGAUGACAUGAACUUUCUCAUUGCUCUCAUUGCACAAGGCCCAACUAAGACUUACACUCACCGCCGUCUGAAGUUCCUCAUGUCCAAGUUCAAUGUGCAUGAGAUGUUGAAUGAGAUGGAGGAGAUGAAGGAGCUGAAGAUGAAUCCUCACAGGGAUUUCUACAACUGCAGGAAGGUGGACACUCACAUCCACGCUGCUGCCUGCAUGAACCAGAAGCACCUGCUGCGCUUCAUCAAAAAGUCUUACCGUGUGGACGCUGACCGUGUCGUGCACAACCUUAAAGGGAAGGAGGUCACCAUGAAGGAGCUCUUUGAGUCUCUGCACCUGCAUCCCUACGACCUCACCGUGGACUCACUGGAUGUGCACGCCGGCAGACAAACCUUCCAGCGUUUCGACAAGUUCAACGCCAAAUACAACCCAGUGGGAGCCAGUGAGCUGCGUGACCUGUACCUGAAGACAGAGAACCACAUCGGUGGAGAGUACUUUGCAACCAUCAUCAAGGAAGUAGCAAGUGACCUGGAAGAUGCCAAGUACCAGUAUGCCGAGCCUCGUCUGUCCAUUUAUGGCUGCAACCCCAGUGAGUGGAUCAAACUGUCCAGCUGGUUCAACAAGAACAGAGUCUUUUCCCCAAACCUCAAAUGGAUGAUUCAAGUACCCAGGAUCUAUGACAUCUUCAAAGCCAGAAACUUUGUGCCCCACUUUGGCAAGAUGUUGGAGAACAUUUUCCUUCCCGUGUUCCAGGCUACCAUCGACCCACAGUCCAACCCAGAGCUCAGCAUCUUCCUCAAGCAUGUGACAGGUUUUGACAGUGUGGACGAUGAGUCCAAACACAGUGGCCACAUGUUCUCCACUAAGAGCCCAAAACCAGAGGAGUGGGACAUCGCCAAGAACCCCUCCUACACUUACUACAUCUAUUACAUGUAUGCCAACAUUGCUGUGCUCAAUCAGCUCCGCAGACAGAGGGGGAUGAACACGUUCACGUUCAGGCCUCACUGCGGUGAGGCCGGUGCCGUCACCCACCUGCUGGCUGCCUUCAUGACUGCUGACAACAUCUCUCACGGCCUCAACCUCAAGAAGAGCCCUGUGCUGCAGUACCUGUAUUUCCUGGCCCAGAUCCCAAUUGCCAUGUCUCCUCUCAGCAACAACAGCCUGUUCCUGGAAUAUGCCAAGAACCCCCUGCUGGAGUUCCACAAGAAAGGCCUGGUGGUCUCUCUGUCCACCGACGACCCCAUGCAGUUCCACUACACCAAGGAACCCCUGAUGGAAGAAUAUGCCAUUGCAGCGCAGGUGUUCAAGCUAAGUACUUGUGACAUGUGUGAGAUCUCCAGGAGCAGUGUGAUCCAGAGCGCCCUGUCUCACGAGGAAAAGGUCCACUUCCUGGGUCAGGAUUACCUGAAAGAGGGUCCAGAGGGCAAUGACAUCCGCAAGACCAACGUGGCCCAGAUCCGUAUGGCGUACCGCUAUGAGACCCUCUGCUAUGAGCUCAACCUCAUCAAGGAGGGCCUGAAGACUGAGUAAAAUCUUGGUCCAAAGUCAUCUCUUUUGUGAUGUAGAAAGUCUUCUCCUUUUGUUUUUCACAGUAACUCUUAAGCUAAUAAAUCUUUUAAAAAAGACCUUCUAUUGCACUGAUGCUGUCUUCUUUGAAGGAAGAAAUGUGUCUUAACUGUAUGCCAUAUGCACAUUGUUUCAAAAGUACAUUACAGUGUGUAAAUAGCAACUGGAGAAACAUCGUGUAUAAGAAUGAAAAGAAAUAAAUGUGAAAUAUCAA